AUGCGAAAGAAUGGUAAGCUCAUCUUGUUCCUAGUUUAUGUUGAUGAUAUUCUCAUCACAGGAGAAGACUCCACUCUCAUUACCCAAAUCAUUCACACACUCUCUCAAAAAUUUGCUCUCAAAACCCUUGGCACAGUAAAUUUCUUCCUAGGAAUUCAUGUCUUCAAAACAUCUUCUCAUUCAUAUCUCCUCAAUCAAUCCAAAUACAUAAAUGACCUCCUCACCAAAACUAAUCUUGCAGAUUGCAAACCUCAACCUUCCCCAUAUGAUAUCAGUUCCAAACUCUCCUUAAAUGACAGCCCUCCCUUUCCCAAUCCUACCUUAUACCGCAGCACAGUAGGCGCUCUCCAAUAUCUUACCCUAACCAGACCAGAUAUCGCCUUCAUGGUUAACAAACUUAGCCAAUACUUGCAAACUCCUACUGAAAAUCAGUGGAAAGCUUGCAAAAGAUUGCUCAGAUACCUCAAAGGAACUCUACACUAUAGCCUUACAUUCUCACCAUCAUCUUAUCUUCAUCUUAAAGUGUUUUCAGAUGCUGACUGGGCCGGUUCUAUUGAAGAUAGAAAAUCCACUGGAGGAUUUUUUGUUUUUCAUGGCUCAAACCUUCUCUCCUGGAGCUCCAAGAAACAGAAUGUCGUAUUCAGAAGUUCCACUGAAUCUGAGUACAGAUCACUUGCCAAUUCCUCCGCUGAAGUCACUUGGAUUCAAUCUCUUCUUCAUGAGCUUGGUUUUCCCAUUCCGCAUACACCUAUUAUAUGGUGUGAUAAUAAAAGCGCGGCUGCCAUCGCUUCAAAUCCAGUGUUACACGUUCGCACGAAGCAUAUCGAGAUAGAUACUCAUUUUGUGCGUGAUAACGUCUUGAAGAAAGAACUUGAUGUUCGAUAUGUGCCAACUGAAGAACAGAUCGCUGACAUUUUCACCAAGCCUCUUUCUAUAUCCAGAUUUCAGUAUCUUAUUACAAAAUUUCCACUGGAACAUGGGUAG